AUUGGGUAUAAAAAGGUCCCUGUUCGACGAACAAUGUCGUUGAAGCAACCUGUCGCCGUCGCACACGCUCCAUUCUGUUUUUAAUAGGUAAUAAAACAGGUUAUUCCUUCAAGGUCGAAACCCUAAUUUCUGUCUUUGAACAGCUAAGGUUUUCUCAGCUUACCAGGCCUAACUACUUGUGUUCUGGAAAUGGAAUUGAUGGGUGUUGAUAAUACUAAUGGAAGUAUCGAAAGGGUGCCUAGGGUAAAUGGAAAUGGAAAUGGAAAUGGUAUUGAUCUUUGGCCAGUUUCACCCGAGGAGUCAGGGGAAGGUUUGCCGUAUGCUCCUAUAAAUUGGCCAAAACCUGGUGAUAACUGGCGUUGGAAAGUGGGGAGGAGAGUAGCCAUAACCGGCCAUUAUCUGGAUAGAUACCUGUAUCCUCCAAAAUAUUUUCCUCGUCGUGACUCAACAAGUAGGAAAAGUGGUUUUGCAAGCAAGCUUUCUGUUGAACGGUAUAUUCGAACAGUAUUUCCUCACGAAGACGUCAAUAAAUUUUUUGCCUCAUUCAGCUGGAAGAUCCCUGCAAUAAAGAAGUUAUCAGUAAAUGGUAAUGUAGGAGGACGAACACUUUUUCCUGCAUUUUCUGAAGAGAUAGCAGAACAUUCUCGGCCUGAUUCCCCAUCAGAGGAUGUGGGCUGUAAGGCCAGAAAUAAUAUGUGCAACAGUUUGGUGGUGCAAGCAGAAAACUCAUCUCUAACUGCCAUGCCUUGUGAUAUUUGCUGCAACGAACCUCGGUUCUGCCGUGAUUGUUGUUGUAUUCUCUGUAGCAAAACUGUGAAUUUGAAAUAUGGGGGCUACAGUUACAUCAAAUGUGAAGCAAAGGUGGGUGAGGAUUACAUAUGUGGACACAUUGCUCACUUGAACUGUGCUCUGCGUUGUUACAUGGCUGGGACUGUUGGAGGAAGCAUUGGGUUGGAUGCUGAGUACUUAUGCCGUCGCUGUGAUGCAAAGACAGAUUUGGUUCCACAUGUUAAAAGACUUGUAAAAAUAUGUGAAUCUGUUGAUUCCUCAGUUGAUGUUGAGGAAAUUUUAAAUCUCGGUGUCUGUAUUUUGCGUGGUUCAGAAAAGACCAUUGCUAAGGAAUGGCUAAGCCGUAUUGAACUGGCAAUUCGUAAGCUUAAAUGUGGGACUUCUCUUGAAGAUAUCUGGAAAGUUGAAGAUGCUGACUUGGCCAUUUUUACAGGUGUCUCUGAUGAUGAAAAUGCCACAUUAGACCUUACAACCAACCAAGAUCCUGUAGAUGCUAGAACAAGCCCAUUGCAAACCAUGCCCACAUAUUCUGAUCAACAGAUGGAAUCUCAAAAACUUGAGGAAAAGAUUGAUCAGGUUCUUCAAGCAUUGAAAAAGUCCCAGGAAACCGAAUAUAAAUUGGCAGAGGAAAGGCUUUAUGCGCAGAAGAAUUAUCUUUGCAAUCUGUACCAGCAACUUGACAAGGAGAGGUCCGAAUUGGCACAUCGCACGUCAGAGGGCGACCCGGAUAUGCUAUUAAAUGCUGUCUUGAACAGAGUGAACCAGAUAAAACGGCAAGUCAUGGUAUUCAAUGAUAUGGAAAAAGUGGCCAAAGGAUUUGGAAGGACCUCAAAAAAAAUUCUGGAGGAACACUAUGAUCUGGAGAUUGAUGACUAAAAACAAACAAUCCUUGUGGUUGCUGGAUCGACUUUGUCAGACGUAUUCAUCAAACUUCACUGUUGAAACAUCUUCUUGAUGCUUAGAACUCAUCACCGUUACAUUCUUUUAAGCAUAUAUCUCAUGGCUUGUACGAAAUUUCAAUCUACACUAGAUUGCGGCGUGGGGUGCAACAGAAAGGGAGCUGAAAAUCCCAUUGAUUGAUGUCCAAACGUUUUGAUUCUCCACUGAAGUGAACGGAGUGUUGCAUACCCAUAUUUAAUUGAUGGUUGUAUCAGUCUGUUGGCAAACCAAUGAGGGCCUUUAGUUGACCUCGUUGAAAUUUUGUUUCUUGAUUAGAGCUCUGCUAACCAACGGUAGUCAUUCUGUAAUGGGUAGUUGAAGGAAAUUGUAUAAAUG